AUGAAAUUCAAAAUAUUUUCAAUCCUCGGUGUUGCAUUAUGCGGUUUCUUGGCCGCCGUUGCAACCUCAAAUGAACCAGAAGAAUCCCAUGAAUUUGAACCUAGAUUCGCUCCAAGAUCAUAUAUUUUAAAUCCUUUACCUAAAUUAAAAGGGUAUUCACCCAAAACUCGUUAUUAUCAUUUUGAAUUGAAAAUUAUAAAACUUUCUCCCGAUGGUUAUAAACGUCCUGUGUGGUCUGUCAAUGGUCAAUAUCCAGGUCCUCUCAUUCAAGCCAAUAAAGGGGACAGAAUAGUGGUAAAUGUAACCAAUAAUUUUGGAGACCCCGCUACUAUCCAUUGGCAUGGUAUCUUCCAACGUGAAACAAAUUGGUAUGAUGGUGUACCUGGUCAAACCCAAUGUCCUAUACCAAGCAGAGUUUGCUUCACAUAUAAUUACACUUUGGAACAAUCGGGUACUUAUUGGUAUCAUUCUCAUUUCUUGGCUCAAUAUGUUGAUGGAUUGGUUGGUCCACUCAUCGUACAUGAUAAAGAUGACCCUUAUUCUAAGUCUUAUGAUGAAGAAUAUGUGCUCACUGUAAGUGAUUGGUAUCAUUCUACUUCCGCUCCACUUCUUGUUCAAAGAAUGGCUCCUGAUUACACAGGUCAAUAUAAUUGUUCGGGAGCACCAGCAGGUUAUUAUUGUAAUCAGAAUGUCCCGCCUGCCACCUACAAUGUUAAAAAAGGAAAGAAAUAUAGAUUCCGCAUUAUCAACACUAGUGCCUACGCAGCCUUUACCUUUUCAAUUGAUAAUCAUCCACUCAGGGUUAUUGAAGUUGAAGGAACUCCUGUAAAAAAUGUCAGUGCUGCCAUAGUGACUGUCUUGCCAAUUCAUGUGGCCCAACGUUAUUCUGUUAUCGUUACCGCAAAUCAAAAGGUUGACAAUUAUUACAUCCGUGCUAGUAUUAUGGAAAAUUGUUUACUUCCUAGAACUCCAGAAACUAUCAACUCUAAUUCUUCUCUCAAUCCUAAUGCUACCGGUAUUCUUCACUAUCACGGUGCUGGCAGUGAUAAACCCAACUCAACCGCAUAUCCAAUAACCAUCGAUCCUUGUCAAGAUCUUAAUUCUAGUGCUAUACGACCAUGCGAAGCUAGUCCUCCACCCAAUAACUUCACUGAUGAAUUUCUAUUUAUUACCACAUUCGAGCGUAAUGAUGAUAACGUUGGUCUCUUAGGAAUCAAUAAUUCAUCCUUUAUACCCUGUUUCAAUAAUCCAACAAAUCAUAGGAUAAUGUUAAAAGAAAAUUAUAGAGAGUUUGAUACAAAUCAAAACAUAUAUGCUUAUGACACACCCAACGGGUGUGUUGAUAUUAUUCUUUUAAAUGGUCAGCCUGCAAAUCAUCCAUUCCAUUUACAUGGUCACGCCUUUUGGAUUAUGGCUCAAGGACCGGGGGCAACCCUUGAUAAUAUUACAGCAUACAAUUUCAAAAAUCCAGUCAUUAGGGAUACUACUAUGGUAUUUGCGAAUAGUCAUCUAGUAAUAAGAUAUAUUGCAGAUAAUCCAGGUGUAUGGGCUUUCCAUUGCCAUAUUGAAUGGCAUGUAGAAAUGGGUUUGGUAGCUCAAUUAAUUGAACGUCCAACGGAAUUCAGUAAUCGAACCCUUCCAGAUGAUGUUAGAGCAUUGUGUAUGCAAUUCAAUAAUUACAAAAAAGAAAAACGUUCAACUACUUUACCUGGAGACUCAAUGGUUAAAGGAAUGCGUAUGC